CCAUGGUAUUGAUGCAAGCAAAUAGGCCCGUUCCACUGCCCGCCGCUCGCUCCGGCAACUCAAAAAAGCUUUCCCGUUUCCCACACGGUCAAGACAAAGAGACCCAGAAGGCGAGCCUUUUAACCCAUCGUCUUUCCUUUUCCCCCCAACUCGCACCCUCCUUUUGUUGUUACGCCAGAUUUUUCCUUUCCACCCCGCCCGCCACCGCUCAAGCUUGUGACUGGCAAUUCCUCUGGCCGAACCCGUCGCAUUUCUGAAGCCCGCAACCCACGCCGCCCUGCUCUCGGCUGCUCGACAGCCUCCCACGCCCGUCCCUCCUCCGCCAGAACCGCAGAACCCACCCCUCCCUAGAGCCUAGAGCCUCGACGCUCGACACGCGCAGCAACCAUGGCCGACCGGUACAUCCCCGAGCACCGGCGCACCCAGUUCAAGGCCAAGAACACCUUCAAGCCCGAUGAGCUGAGGAGGCGCCGCGAGGAGCAGCAGGUCGAGAUCCGCAGGGCAAAGCGCGAGGAGAACCUGGCCAAGCGCAGAGGAAUCGGCACAGGCGCCGACCGCCCUGGCGCCUCGCUCGGCGCUGCCCCUGACAGCGACGAUGACACCGCUCCGACCGAGUCUCAGCUCAACGAGGACCUCCCCCAGAUGGUACAGGGCGUUUUUUCCGAGUCAAUCGAUGCCCAGAUUCAGGCCACCACCAAGUUCAGGAAGCUGCUCUCCAAGGAGCGCAACCCCCCGAUAGAAGAGGUCAUCAAGACCGGCGUCGUCAGCCGCUUUGUUGAGUUUCUUCGUUCGCCACACACCCUGGUCCAGUUCGAGGCUGCCUGGGCCUUGACCAACAUUGCCAGCGGCUCGGCCACGCAGACCCAAGUCGUCAUCGAGGCUGGUGCUGUUCCCAUCUUUGUGGAGCUUCUGGCUAGCCCCGAGCCCGAUGUAAGGGAACAGGCCGUUUGGGCGCUGGGUAACAUUGCAGGCGACAGCCCUCAGUGCCGUGACUAUGUUCUCAACUGCCAGGCGCUGAAGCCACUUCUCAACUUGCUCGGAGACAGCCGCAAGUUGAGCAUGCUCCGCAACGCGACGUGGACUCUGAGCAAUUUCUGUCGUGGCAAGACCCCUCAGCCCGAAUGGGGAACCAUCGCACCCGCUCUUCCCGUGCUUGCGAAGCUCGUUUACUCGCUUGACGACGAGGUUCUGAUCGACGCUUGCUGGGCCAUCUCGUAUCUCUCGGAUGGCUCCAAUGACAAGAUCCAGGCCGUCAUCGAGGCUGGAAUCCCACGCAGGCUUGUGGAGCUGCUCAUGCACGCCUCCACCUCGGUGCAGACCCCUGCUCUCCGCUCGGUCGGCAACAUUGUGACGGGUGAUGAUGUGCAGACCCAAGUUAUAAUCAACUGCGGAGCCCUCCCGUGCCUCCUUUCCCUUCUCGGCUCCAAUAAGGAUGGCAUCCGCAAGGAGGCCUGCUGGACCAUUUCCAACAUCACUGCUGGAAACUCGGCCCAGAUCCAGUCGGUUAUUGAUGCCAACAUCAUCCCGCCCCUCAUCCACCUCCUCUCCAACGGCGACCUUAAGACCCGCAAGGAGGCCUGCUGGGCUAUCAGCAACGCGACCUCGGGAGGCCUGCAGAAGCCAGAACAGAUCCGCUACCUUGUUGCCCAGGGAUGCAUCAAGCCACUUUGCGACCUUCUGGCAUGCCCCGAUAACAAGAUCAUCCAGGUUGCGCUCGAUGGCCUCGAGAACAUCCUCAAGGUCGGCGAUCUCGAUAGGCAGGCGGCCGGCGAGGGCCAGGACGCGAUCAACCGCUUUGCGCUCUUUAUUGAGGAGUGCGGCGGCAUGGAGAAGAUCCACGACUGCCAGACCAAUGCCAACGAGGAGAUCUACAUGAAGGCGUACAACAUCAUCGAGAAGUACUUUUCGGACGACGACGACAACGCUGAGGACGCCACACAGGCCCAGGGUGCCAACGGCACCUUUGGCUUCAGCGGCGCCGAGGGCGGCGCUGCCCAGCCAGGCCAGUUCAGCUUCGCCAACGGUGGCGAGUCGAUGGACAUGUAAAGCGCUGCAGCCGGGCUGGUCUUGUCGCAGAUGGCUUGGGAAGCAGGCAAUCGGACCUGCCCACCUUGAUCCGACCAAAAUACGUUGUCUCAACCUUCACAUCACAAAAACGACCAUCCUGUCUGUCUGAUUGGUAGCACACCCCUUGCCCCCCGAUUCCCCCACACCCCCUCCCCCUACUGGCGUUUGUUAUUUUCUGCAUUUUUGCCGCUAGGCGAGAACGAGAAGACGGGCCCUUUGGU